UUGGUUGGCUAUUCAGCCUAACAGUUAAGUAGGUUAAUCUGUAUAUGACAGAAAACUCCAACCACAGACCCUAAUACAAAGUAGAAAUUUAUUUCCCUCAUAAAAUAAGUCGACAUAGGCAGUCCAGAGCUGGUAAGGCACUUGUACAAUGUCAGUGGGGAGACCCAGUUCCCUUCCAAAUUGCCUCUUGGCUCUUCUCAGUGGACAUCAAUAUCCUCAUGGUCCAAGAUGGCUGCUAGGGCUCCAACCAUCAAGUGCUUAUUUCACUCAACAGGUUGGAAGAAGGGGAAGAAAGGCAUGUCACUGCUUUUAAGAAAACUCUAUAAAUUCCAUGGAAUACUUCCAGUUAAAUGCUUUUGUCAAUCACUUAGUCACGUGACCAUACCAGGCUGCCAGAGUCACUGGGAGAUGUCUUAGUUGAGUUCAGUGUGCUACCUUAAGUAAACUGGGGAUUUUGUUGCGAGGAGGGGGAGAAUGGAUGUUUGGGCAGGCAACUAGCAACCUCUGCUACAGUCCAUGUCUGCCAUGUAAAAGCUUUGGAAAUAGAAAAAAAUGGUGGACAACUGGCUGUGUUCUAUGAAUUUAAAUUUUCAUAACUUGAGAGUGAUGCUAUGUUUAUCCUUAUCUUACAGUUUGAGAACAAUGAAACCCAUCAGACUGAUGGGAAAAUAAAGCAGACUUUGGGACACCCCUAUUUUCAGCUGUAGUCUUCCAAUCUGUGAAUCUGUCAUUAUAUAGGAAUUUAAUGGCCGAAAAAUAAAGUGGUCACCAGGAAAUAUGUGUUAUAAAAAUUUGAUAGCGUGCGACCCACCGGUCCAGCCCGGAGACCAAAUCUGGUUGCACCGGCAACUUUACUACGAUACAGAUUCCGAAGCCAUCCUGAGAUCUGAAUGCUCCCCUGGAGCCCCGGGCUUCAGCCACCGCGGGCGGGGUCGCAGUACCACCGAGCAGGAGCAACGGCGUUCCUAGAGAGGAACUCCGCCUUGACCCGGUGACGCACUUCCUGCCGCGCCGCGGAGCCGCCCGCUGCUGAGCUUCAGCCCUUCUCUGAGAGGGAGACCAGUUGAUGGCAGCCAUGCUGCUGACGGCCUGGCCCCAGAAGUCGGUGACCUUCGAGGAUGUGGCUGUGUACUUCACCCAGAUGGAAUGGGACAGCCUGUCCCCUGCACAGAGGGCCCUGUACAGGGAUGUGAUGCUGGAGAAUUAUGGGAAUGUGUCCUCCUUGGGGUUUCCACUUCUUAAACCUGCUGUGAUUUCACAGCUGGAGGGAGGAGGUCAUCUGGGGCACCCAUCACCACUGGCUGCUGGAACAGAAAGAGGCCCCCAGGGCCUCUGGACUGUAAAUAUUGAUAUCCAGAGUGACAGUAAUUUGACAAAGGAAAUGUGUGAAGAAAAAGAUAACACAUCAUUUGAACUUCACAGGGACUUUUCCCAGGAAAUAGACUUUUCAGAAGCCUGUAUACUAGAGAAACAGCAGGAAGUCCACUCAGGAAAUAUGAAGAAAGAAAACAGCAGUGUCACUGAUGGAAUAGUGAAAGAAGAAACAAGCCCCAAUGAAGAGUGUUUCUUUAGUCCAAGUCCAGACUUGUAUCAGUGUCAUAUCAUGUCCACUGAAGAUCAUCCCCCUAAAUGUACAGGACUGGAGAAAUCUUUCAGCUUUGACACAAAACUUAUUCAGCACGAAGUAAUUAAUACUGGGGAAAGACCUUUCAAAUGUGAAGAAUUAGUGGAAACCUUUAGGUGUAACUCUCAAUUUACCCAGCAUCAAGGUGACUACACUAGGGAGAAGCCCUAUCAGUAUAAGGAGUGUGUCAAAGCCUUUAGUGUUAAUACAAAAUUACUUUGUCAUCAAAGAUUUCAUAGUGGGGAGAAACCCUUCAAAUGUGUGGAAUGUGGGAAAAGCUUCAGUUACAGUUCCCAUUAUAUCACACAUCAGACAAUCCACAGUGGGGAGAAGCCCUAUCAGUGUAAGGUGUGUGGGAAAGCCUUCAGUGUUAAUGGGAGUCUAAGUAGACAUCAGAGAAUCCAUACAGGAGAGAAGCCCUAUCAGUGCAAGGAUUGUGGGAAUGGCUUCAGCUGCAGUUCUGCAUAUAUCACACACCAGAGAGUGCACACUGGGGAGAAACCUUACGAGUGCAAUGACUGUGGGAAAGCUUUCAAUGUUAAUGCAAAAUUAAUUCAACACCAGAGAAUCCACACUGGAGAGAAACCUUAUGAAUGUAAUGAGUGUGGGAAAGGCUUCAGGUGCAGCUCCCAGCUUAGGCAGCAUCAGAGCAUCCACACUGGAGAGAAGCCUUAUCAGUGUAAGGAGUGUGGGAAAGCCUUUAAUAAUAAUGCAAAACUCAUUCAGCAUCAAAGAAUCCACACUGGUGAGAAGCCCUAUGAGUGUACUGAAUGUGGAAAAGCCUUUAGUGUCAAAGGAAAGCUAAUCCAGCACCAGAGGAUCCACACUGGUGAGAAGCCCUAUGAGUGUACUGAAUGUGGGAAGGCCUUCAGGUGUAACUCCCAGCUUCGGCAGCAUCUGAGAAUCCACACUGGGGAGAAGCCCUAUGAAUGCAAUGAGUGUGGAAAGGCCUUCAAUGUUAAUGCAAAACUAAUGCAGCAUCAGAGGAUUCACACGGGGGAGAAACCCUUUGAAUGUAAUGAGUGUGGGAAAUGCUUUACUUCUAAAAGAAACCUACUUGAUCAUCACCGAAUCCAUACUGGAGAAAAGCCUUAUCAAUGUAAGGAAUGUGGGAAGGCCUUCAGUAUCAAUGCCAAACUAACUAGGCAUCAGAGAAUACACACUGGGGAGAAACCUUUCAAAUGUAUGGAGUGUGAGAAAGCGUUUAGCUGUAGUUCUGACUAUAUUGUACAUCAAAGAAUCCAUACUGGAGAGAAACCCUUUCAGUGUAAGGAGUGUGGAAAAGCCUUCCAUGUUAAUGCCCAUUUAAUUCGGCAUCAGAGAAGCCACACCGGGGAGAAACCUUUCAGAUGUGUGGAGUGUGGCAAAGGUUUCAGCUUUAGCUCUGACUGUAUUAUACAUCAGACUGUCCAUACUUGGAAGAAACCCUAUGUGUGUAAUCUAUGUGGGAAAACCUUCAGGUUUAGCUUCCAACUUAGUCAGCAUCAAAGUGUUCAUGGUGAAGGAAAAUCCUGAUAAGAAGGAUGUAGAAAGCUCUCAAGGUUAAUGCUGAAAUGGGUUAUCACCAGAUUCACCCUGGUGGAAAAUCCUGAGAGGGAAGUGAGUAUGGCAGAGUCUUUGCAUGGAAACAAGUCUUUUCCAUUUUAUUCAACUAUAAUCGUGAAUGAUGACCAGUUAAAAGUAAUUUUCAAAAAUUAAUGGUUUGUUUUAUACCAAAAGCCAAUCAGAAAAUAUGAGAGAAAAUAUCCCAUUCCCAACACUGGCAAGAAAAGUAGAUUUUCUAGGAAUAAAUUUAAUUUGCAGACUCUAUAUGGAGAAAGUAUAAAUAUCUACUGAGGGCCUCCAAAGGAAACAAAUAAAUGGGGAGAGAGAAACCUUGGUCAUGGAUAAGGAAAUUCAUAGACAUUCAUUCUACCUAAAUUAAUUAACCUUUCAUUGUUUAUAAUAAGCAUGCAUCACUUUUGUAAAGAGGAAAAACAAUAAAGAUUUUCUCUAAAAAAAAA